UGGCACACUGGAUCCUUGAUGGGUGGAACUUUGACCAUCCACCAGUUAGCUAAAUUAUUUCAAAGCGUAGCACUUACUGUCACUUUUGUUUUUUCAUAUAUGUGUUUUAUUUUACAUGAAACGAGAUGUGGUUUAUUUAUUUACUAAGUUGGCUGUCGUUGGUGAUACAAAUAUCUUUCGUCACACUAGCAAUUGCUGCUGGCCUGUAUUAUUUGGCAGAACUAAUAGAAGAAUACACAGUUGCCACUAGUCGAAUAAUAAAGUACAUGAUACUGUUCUCCACAGGUGUGCUGACGGGGCUGUACCUGUUUGAGGGCUUCCCAUGGCUGAUGAUGGGCUGUGGUCUCUUCACCAACCUGGUGUACUUUGGCCUCCUGCAGACCUUCCCUUACAUACUGCUGAGCUCACCUAACUUCCUCCUCUCCUGUGUAUUGGUGGUGCUGAAUCACUACAUGGCCUUCCAGUACUUUGCAGCAGAGUAUUACCCCUUCUCAGAGGUCCUGGCGUACUUCACCAUCUGUCUGUGGAUCAUCCCCUUCUCGUUCUUUGUGUCUCUCUCGGCGGGGGAGAACGUGCUUCCAUCCACCAUGCAGCAAGGAGAUGACGUGGUCUCAAAUUACUUCACCAAGGGCAAGAGGGGCAAGAGGUCCGGCAUCCUGCUCAUCUUCUCUUUCCUCAAGGAGGCGGUGUUGCCUAGUCGACAGAAGAUGUACUGAUGCUCUACCUGGGGGGUUUGGGGGGGUACGAUGGUAGAUUUGGGAAGGGACUAAAGGAGAGGUGGCUGAGGUGGAGGGUGGAAAAUGAGGAGGACGAAGGAGAGUACAUCGUAGCAGAGCAGAUGAGAGCUCCCACUAUUACUACGGACUAGCAGCAGUGCGUUUACAGGACUUGUACGUCUCUUUAACUCUCUUUCUUGGUUACUGCGUCCAAAAUGGCACCCUAUUCCCUAUAUAGUGCACUAUAUAGGGAAUAGGGUAUCCAUGUCUGUCUGUGAUGACGACUGCCAACAAACAACUGACAGCCUCUCUCUGGCUGCUGUUCUCCAGAUACAGUAAAAGCCUCCAGGCUCUACUGCAACACUCUUCUGUUCUGUUUUAUAAAGGUUUGUUAAUGAAACUGUUGGUAUGAGUCGUCUGGGCCAUAUUCAUGAGUGCAAAACGUUUUGCAAUGGAAAACGAAAGCAAGCGUUUCUUAUUGGACAAGUUCAUGUUGUCCCUUCUCUGUUUUAGUUUUCUUCUGUUUGGUGCCUAAUGAAGAACAACUGAGUGCAGGUUGGAAGGGGGAGAGAGAACAAGGUUGGCGUAAAACGAGGCCAGACAGGAUCUCUUUUUUGUGUCUCAAAUGGCACCCUAUUCCCUACAUAGUGCACUACUUUUGACCUGAAUCCCAUGGGCCCUGGUCAAAAGUAGUGCCCUAUGAAUGGAAUAGGGUACCAUUUGGGACGUAGACCCUUGUGUUGUGUGAUGAGCUGGUAACUCCCUACUAGAAUGUGGUCGCCUAUAAGACAAUGUUUGUACGUGGACGCAUAGGAAUUACUUUUUUUGUUGUUUCUUUAAUGUUCCCCAAUCAUCAAUGACUACUUAUUCUCUUGAACUGUUUAAAAUAAGAAAAAAAGCUUAAAUAAUAUGAGAAGUGAUUUUUUUUUUGUAUAUCAAUUGAUAAAAAAAAAAAAACUGAACAAACAAACAUUCCUACAAAUACUUGUGCAAUGAUUUAUGUUAUGGCUGAAUCUGGGAGUGUUUGGAGAGAGGAACUGCUAAAGUGAUUUUAUUAGAGGCAGUUACAUGGUGUGAGACUCACAUGAUUGGUUGUAUGGAGGAUACAUGGUAUAAGACUUAAUCUGAUUAGCUGUGAGGCAGGUACAGUGCCUUCAGAAAGUAUUCACACCCCUUGACUUUUUCCACAUUUUGUUGUGUUGCAGCUUGAAUUUAAA